UCGACGUACUCCUCCGUCUCCCCCGAAGAAGUCGAGCACUUCAACAUCCUCGCCGCCGACUGGUGGGACCCCCACGGCUCCUCGCGCCUUCUGCACCUGAUGAACCCGCUCCGUCACAACUUCAUCCGCGACUGCCUCGCCAGCCAACCCGAUCCGUCAUCCACACCCACACGCUUUCUCGACGUCGGCUGCGGCGGCGGCAUCUUCGCCGAGAGCGCGGCCCGGCUCCCCGAUACUACAAAAGUCACGGCCGUGGACCCCACGCCCGGCGUGCUCGCCAUCGCAAAGGGUCAUGCCCGCCGUGAUCCGGCGCUGAGGGGCAAGUUGGAGUACAAGGCCGCCACAAUCGAGACACUGCCGGUCCCGACCAAGGCGGAAGAUUGUUAUGACGUGGUGUCGGUAUUCGAGGUUGUCGAGCACGUGUCUUCGCCGGCUGAGUUCCUCGAUCGCUGCGCGCCGUUUGUGAGGCCUGGCGGGUGGCUUAUUGGGAGCACCAUUGCGCGGACGUGGACGAGCUGGUUCACGACGAACCUGAUUGCCGAGGAUAUUUUGGGCAUUGUACCCAAGGGCACACACGAUUGGCGCAAGUACAUCAAUGACGACGAGCUCAAGGGUAUGUUCAUGGGGAAGGGAUGGGAGAUGCCGCGAGUAAUGGGGGUUGUGUAUGUGCCUGGGCUCGGAUGGAAGGAGGUCAAGGGCAGCGAGAAGGUUGGCAACUACUUUUUCGGCGUGAGGCGGGCGGCGUGA